AUGGCGAACAUGCAGAUAGUUCCAGCAGGCAGAAAUAUUAAUGUAGAGCCUCAGUAUGUGGAAAUGAUGGUUCCUCUAUACUCUUAUGGUUGUGAGAGAAAAAUCAACAAAGCUCUUUCCCAUAUCAAAGGGUACAUUCACGUGAAUGUAGAUUUUGAACAACAAAAGGUGACAAUCUGCAACAAGUAUGAUGUGUUAGCCACAGUUAGGAGCAAACGAAAAGCCGCUCGUUUAUGGAAUUCAGAAGACAACAACGUUAACAUUGAAGUAGUUUGGAGUAACUAUAACAAUGAACUCUUAUAUUUGUACAUGUAA